UGCACUUCCGGGCGCCCCUUGGCGGGAACGGAAGUGCCGCUGCCCGGGUCGUUGUGUUGGUCGCACCGUCCCGGUGGCUGCGGAGCCGGCGCCGAGCUGGAGGGGACGGACAGGACGGCGGCGGAGAAGGCCCCAGCGGGCAGGCGGAGAGAUGGCGACGGGCGCAGACGUGCGGGACAUCCUGGAGCUGGGUGGCGUAGAGUCGGAGAACACGGGCACCAUCAACAAAAAGGAUAUCAUCAACUCGGAUAAGAAAAAAUCCAAGAAAUCUUCAGAGACUCUGACGUUUAAGAGACCAGAAGGAAUGCACCGAGAAGUUUAUGCACUCCUCUACUCUGACAAAAAGGAUGCACCUCCACUGCUGCCAAGUGAUACAACUCAGGGUUAUCGAACAGUCAAAGCAAAACUAGGGUCCAAGAAAGUCCGGCCUUGGAAGUGGAUGCCUUUCACCAACCCAGCGAGAAAAGAUGGAGCGAUGUUCUACCACUGGAGGAGAGCAGCAGAGGAAGGGAAGGACUACCCUUUUGCCAGGUUCAAUAAAACAGUGCAGGUACCUGUCUACUCGGAGCAGGAGUAUCAGAUGUAUCUCCAUGAUGAUGCGUGGACCAAAGCUGAGACCGACCACCUCUUUGACCUGGCUCGGCGUUUUGAUCUGCGCUUCGUGGUGAUUCAUGACCGCUAUGAUCACCAGCAGUUCAAGAAAAGAUCAGUGGAAGACCUGAAGGAACGAUAUUACCACAUCUGUGCCAAGUUGGCUAAUAUUCGUGCAGCUCCAGGCACAGACCUGAAAAUACCAGUCUUCGAUGCUGGUCAUGAGAGGCGAAGGAAGGAACAACUGGAAAGGCUGUACAAUAGGACACCAGAGCAGGUGGCAGAAGAAGAAUACCUCAUCCAGGAGCUUCGCAAAAUUGAAACCAGGAAGAAAGAGAGAGAAAAAAGAACCCAAGACCUACAGAAGCUCAUCACAGCUGCUGACACCACCACUGAGCAGAGACGUGCCGAGCGCAAGGCUCCCAAGAAGAAGCUGCCACAAAAGAAGGAGACAGAGAAGCCUGCUGUUCCUGAGACUGCUGGCAUCAAGUUUCCUGACUUCAAAUCUGCAGGUGUCACGCUGCGAAGCCAGAGGAUGAAACUGCCAAGCUCGGUGGGACAGAAGAAGAUUAAAGCCCUGGAGCAGAUGCUGAUGGAACUCGGAGUAGAUCUCAACCCUAUGCCCACAGAGGAGAUUGUGCAGAUGUUCAACGAGCUGCGGAGCGACCUGGUGCUGCUGUAUGAGCUGAAGCAAGCCUUUGCCAACUGCGAAUAUGAGCUGCAGAUGUUACGGCACCGCUAUGAGGCCCUGGCCAAAGCUGGUAGUAUUGGCCCCCUCAGUGCGGAAGGCACUCAUCCAGAUGGCCAGGCAGGGCUCGGCAUCGAGGAGAGCAAGGGAGAUGCCAAGGACCAGAUCAUUGAUGUAGUAGGAGCACCACUGACCCCCAACUCGGUGAGAAGGAAGGUUGGGGGGGCAGAACAGGGAGCGCUCAGGUCUCCGACGCAGAUGCCCUGACAAGCGCUGGGGGUGCUGCCCUGCUCUCCCUCCGGGCGUGUGCCUCCAAGGGAGCACAGCACGCCUGUUCCCCCCAGGUCUCAGUGCUGUCCUCUGGGCUUGUCUCCUGUGCUGGACAAUGUUCUUGGUGCUAUAGGUGGGGUCAGCAGGGCUUUCUACAUCCUGCAUGCAGGCAGAUGGCUUGACGUGGAUGCCACCGUGGACCAAAGCAGCAAGGCUUUGGGUGACGAGAGCUUGCACUAGGGCAGCAACAGUGAUGCCAGUACAGCUGCAGGCCUGAGGCAUUCUCCUUCUAGACACAGCCCCGUAGGGGUUGCUCAGCAGAGGGAAGCGAGUGGGGAAAGCAGUCUUGAGAUGAUGAGCCAUGACCCGCCCAAGUCCCUGGAGUCAAGCAGUAGCUCUGCCUGGAGCAGGAGGCUUGGAAAGGAGAGAGGUGUUUGCAGAUCAGAGGGGUGUUUUUAUACCCUACUUCCAGGGCCGAGGAAGGAAAGCCAGACCUAGGGGCUCUUCCACUGCGAGCCCUGUGACAAUGUCCUGUGCAUGUACCUCUGUGGAAUGUGAACCACCAGCCUCUCCUCCCUGCCUCCCUGAGGGCAGGCUGCUGGGCCCCUCACCGCUGCCUCAGGGCUCAGGGCAUGCCUGGGGAGCAGCUGAGGUUGCUUCCCCCUCUGUGCAGUCCCCUGGCACAGCUGAGUUGAACUGCCUGAUAAAAGCUGCCCGUCUCCACACAGUGGCAUCCCCGACGCCUCAGACAUACUGUCCCUGGUAGCGGCACAGACCUUUACUUCCUGAAAAUGUAUCAUGUAUUGCAGGAUAUUGAGAACACCUUAUCUGUCUAUGGCAGAGGCGACACGUUAAUCUGGACUUGAGUGAUGUCCUAUUUGAUUGUGACAAUAUGGAGUCGUAAGGAAGCGUUCCACUGAGACAGGUUCAUGUUUGUAAAGGAGUCUUCUGAAUCGUGUUUUUUUUUUUUUAUUAUUUUUUUUUCCUUUUCUUUUCCCCCCUACUGCAUUCAGUCUGAAAUCUCACCCUUCCCUGCAGUCUGGAGUGCCCUGGUUUGCAAACUUUUCGGGCUGAUUCAAGGGAGAGCAAGCGUGUUGUGGGACUUGGCUUGUUGGGAAGGUGGGAGAGGUGGUGGUGAUGGCCAUGGCUGCAGGAGGAGGGAGCCCAUGUGUGUGUUUCUGACCACUUGUUCCUCAGCGCCACCUCCUGGAAUUGGAAACAAAGGGGUGGGCCCAGGCAGCACAGAGAGGGUUAAACUGACCUGGUCUCUGACAUAUUUGAAAGAAAUAUAAUCAAGUUAAUUCACUGCAAGGCAAAUUCAGUACCUAAAGGGCCCCCAUGUUAAAUACAGCACUGACCUUUACCGGCUGAUUACACAAAGACGACACAAUUAGAUUAGUCCAAGACAAAAGGUCAAGCACAUUCACACUGUGACCAUUUUAUGCUACCUUUUGAGGGGGGGGGGUGCAAAAUUACAUCCCGGCUGGAGGGGUAUCUUGGAGGGGAGGGGACUGGGGCUGCUGUGCCAUGUCCUGCCUGGCUCAGGUAUGUUUAGAGAGUCGGGCAGGGCCUGGCUCUGUGCCUGCCCUCAACCUUUCCUGCGGUUCUGGGCGACGUGGGAGGGGGAGAGGCCAGCAGCCUGCAGCCCAGGCCAGCUUUGCCAAGGAUGGGCUGAGCUGAGCGGAGGCCGGGUGUCGGUGGUGCCCCCCUGCCCUGGGCAGGAGCUGCCCCAGUGCCUCUCGCUCAGCGCCGUGCCUGAAAUUGGCCUCUGGGAGGUCGGCAGGCUGGGGUGAGCUCUGAGAAGAGGGGUGGCUGUUUGCCUGGUGGGGUGCACGUGGCCCAGGCCCCGGCACCAUGGGGACGGCGUAGGAGGCAGUGGGCCCAGGACACGGGGUGGGGGGGCCGAGAAAGCAGCCUGCCUCUGCCAGCAGGGUGAUUUUCCCUCGCCCUGGGGCGCUUGCAGCUGGGGUAGCAACGCUGGUAGUGCCCGUAAGCAGCUCUCUGCAGAGCAAGCGCAGCGGUGCUUGGUGCCUUUCCCUCCCUUGCCUCCUGCAGCCCUGACUGCGGGCGCUUGCAGGUGGCACCUUCCUCUUCCUCAUCCCGGGGCUGCCUCAGCGGUUUAACACGGCCACGCCAGCCCGUGAACUCCUGAGUUCAAGUGUGUGCUCUGCCACUGAGCUGCCGGGUGGCCCCCGGGGGAAUCAUUUAAUCUCCCGGCUUCAAAUUCCUCUGAGUUGGAGAAUCCCUUUGUGCUGUCUAGCCCUGCCCGACCGUGGCACUCCACAUGUUGGAUUAAGCAUGGAUUAGUUCCGCCUCCAAACCAGCUGCUCCCCUGAAGCCAGAUUUGUUUCCCCGGAGAGAAGUACCUCGCUCCAGAUGUUGGAGUGAGUGGCAGAGCCAGGAACAGGACGAGGAACCCUGACUCCAGAGCCCUGCCUGGCACGCCUAGAUUUCUUUCCAGGAAUCGGAGCGGAUGGGCAAAGGCACGCCAGGGUCUUGAGAUACUGGUCGUGGCACCAGAUCCUCCUGGCUGCCUCCAUCCCCCCGGGGCCGUGGCGGGGAUGGGGGACGCCUCAGCCCAGGUGAGGAGAGGCGCCUGCCUGCCUGGGCAGCGGGAAGCCCAGCACCGUCCUGCCCGGCCGCGUCCACCGCGUCCCCCCUACCCCGUCCACCCGCUCCUGGGGGCUGCGGUGCCCGGCGCUGGCCAUUAAAGCCGAGCGGGGCUCCCCUCCCAGCGCCGGCUGCCGCUGACCCCGGUAGGGACUUUACUCGGGGCCUUCGGGAGGUGAAAGGUGAGCCGAACUCGGAACAAAUUAGUUCCAAGCAGAAGUUCAGCCAGUUACUCCAGAUUGGAUCCUUUGAUUUCCGCAACUCAGACUCCACUCAGUGAUCUGUAAUGAGUGACUCUCAGAAAUCCUCACAUUGCAGCACUUUGUUCCUGAGCUCACAAGUCAGCCCAUUAAUGGGUAAAGGAAAGGACCUUGAGUCUAAGAAGUCUCGGGUUCAGAGUCAGAAUUAUUUGACUUUUAAGCUUCCUUUAUCUGAACUCCUGCUGACUUCUUGUUUUCUGAGCCUGUUUGAAAGCUAGAAGUUACAUUGUUAAGAUCAAACAUUUUCUCUUUCCAGAUGGAGUUACAAUAUCUGUCUUUUUUAUAUAUAUAUAUUUUAAUAUAUAUAGUGUAUAUAUACCAGGGUGUAUAUAUAUAUUCCUCUCUUUUUUUUUUUAAUCGUUCUUUCCAUUAAAAGAAACUAGACUUGUAGGCUCUUGUAAAUUAUAAUGUAAAACAUUUUUUUUAACCAGACAGUUCCCAAUUUUGCCCAAGGCAACUGGAAUAGCUGUGCCACAGAAGGCAAUAGGAAGGUGAUUAAUAUGAAUUUGUGACAUAUUUGAAAGAUGGGUCUUUUGCCAUAUAAAGAUUAUCAAACACA